UUCAGCAGUGAAAGUGAUAAGAGCUGUGCAGAGAGAAGAAAAGUAGCGAAGAACCUGUCAAAUAUCAGAAGAUCAGAAAACCUCAGUUGUUAAAAGUUUGAUUGUUUUCUAAAAAUGAAGAUGACAAGCGGCAAAAUCCCCAUCAGCCCUCUACUGGUUUUCCUGGCCUUGCUGACCAUUACUGAAGGUAUAAGUCUGCGGGGGUUGGGGAUGGAACUACGCUGCCGCUGCAUCCAGACAGAAAGCCGUCAGAUUCGUCCUCACAUCAGGAAGGUCGAGAUCUUUCCGGCCAAUUCUCACUGUGAAGAAUCUGAGAUCAUUGCCACUCUGAAAAUAUCAGACCUAGAGGUCUGUCUGGAUCCUGAAGCUCCAUGGGUCAAGAAAGCUAUUGAGAGGAUGAUGUCAAGCAGAAGACGUUUAAAUCUCCAAACAGAAUUGUUCAAUGCUGGGCUGUUUGUGGACAAGCACCAUCAGAAGUAGUAUUACCAUGAGGAGACAAGGUCACUGAAUUGUUGUUGUGGUUGACGGAAUAUUUGUGUUAUGUUCGUGGUGAAUUAGUGCCGGGCACUAUUAAGCUAUACCUCGAAUAAUUGUUGCAUGAAACAUGAAUAUGUUACGUUUCAUUAUUAGCAUAUAUUUUUUAUAAGAGAGUUGUUUUAUCUACCUCUGAGGGAGUUUUCCCUUCUUUUCUCAAUUGUAUAACUUGGAAAAUGUUUAGAAACUUCUUGAAUUAAGUAUUGUAUUCAAGUAUCACAUUCAAUUAGUUCCAUUUUUGGCAGUUAGAGUUCUGAAAAUACGGCUACAAAACGAUAAAUUCACGUCAAAAAGAGUACGACCUUUGCUGGAGACGUGAAACCCCGCCCCUCUCCCCGAAACCGCGAAGGACGUCGUCCAAUCAGCCCCUUGAUGAGUCACAGCAGAGUGACCCCAGCCCGCGCCCCCCAGCGGUCGAGGGCUUCGAGUGGUGCCUCCCUCACACAUCUCCGUAUCAGCCAGCCGACCUUUGGCUGGUGAGCUACUUCAGCAGCGCUAUUUGGAGCGCAGAGUGGAGCGGGUGGUGUGGCAGGAUGGGCUCGGUGAUCACAGCCUGCCCACCGGCCGUCGAUAGAGAGAGCUGGGCGGCCCUGGAGCUGCUGCUUCAUCUGUGCAGCCUCUAGCACUCCAUAUGCUAAUCCGAUAUGCUUUAC